CAGAAGGGGAGGGCAGGGGGCGUGGCUCCGCCUGGCUCCCACGUCCCCUCGCUCGCGCGCUCUCUCUGCCUCUCUCCUCCUUCACAGGGUGACACGUCUGCAGGGUGAGUGAGUGGCAUUGGCAGACUGUCAAUCCCUCACCAAAGCGGCCAUCAAACAACAUAAAACACACACAGUCACUGGGCUGCUGGGCUCAUAAAUUCCAGCUGGCUGAUAUUUUUGCACAUUGCUUUGCAGAGAGUGUGUAAUUAAUUUUUUUACAGUUCUUUCCCCUUUAUUUCCGCUCUUUUCUUUGCACAAGUUCAAACUUUUGAUAGCUGCAAUUUUGCCCCCAUUGUACAGACUUGGGAUCAUUUGUUAUUUUUGGGGGGGAGGGCAAUUAAUUUUUUUUCAUCUGUGUUUGUGUUUUCUUGGGCUUUUUUAAUGUUGCAAUUUGGGGAUGGGGGUGUUUGCCUGGUUUGUUGUGGUUUUUGCUGUUUGCCACCCUCCUAACUUUUUAAGGAUUUGAAAGCAAGUUUUUUGUGUUUUUUUUUAUUUGUCUUUUUUUGCGAAGAAGAUUUUUUUUUUGGACAAGUGGAGGAAAGACAUAAAAAGCAACAAUAAAAAUAAAAAAGAAGAACAGAGAAAGGAAAAAAAAGCGUUGGAGGAAGAUUGUACGAGGGAGAGAAAACUGCAAAGAAACCUCAUCAACUCAUUUAUUCAAGCCACAAAUAUAAUUAUGAUGAAAGAAGAUUGUAACUAAAGAAGGGAAUUAUUUACUGCAUUGGAAAGAAGAGAGUGGAAUAAACAACUGAGAUCCGGUGAAAUACUAAAUACUGAUUUAAAAAAAAAAUUGCGAGAGCAAAAUAACAACAAACAGGAACUGAAAUUGACUACAAGAGCCAGAGAUUUAUUUGCAUUUUCUUUUCUAAGCACAAACCUCCUUCCUCUGAUUGUGAGGCUGUUUUUGCCGUUUUUCCUGCUGCUAUCUCUGAAAGUGCAUUGAUUGGGCUGCGGUAGGAGGUAUGGAUGAUCAGUCCAGGAUGUUGCAGACUCUGGCCGGUGUGAACCUGGCUGGCCACUCGGUGCAGGGGGGGAUGGCUCUGCCUCCUCCCCAUGGACAUGAAGGGGCAGACGGCGACGGCAGAAAGCAGGACAUCGGAGACAUCCUCCAUCAGAUCAUGACCAUCACUGACCAAAGCCUGGAUGAGGCACAAGCAAAAAAGCAUGCACUGAACUGCCACAGAAUGAAGCCUGCUCUGUUCAGUGUCCUGUGUGAAAUCAAAGAGAAAACAGGUUUGAGCAUCCGAGGAGCCCAGGAGGAAGACCCUCCCGAUCCCCAGCUAAUGAGACUGGACAAUAUGCUUCUGGCAGAAGGGGUUUCAGGUCCUGAGAAAGGUGGGGGAUCAGCAGCAGCAGCCGCAGCCGCAGCAGCCUCUGGAGGGUCCUCAGAUAACUCUAUCGAACACUCAGAUUACAGAGCCAAAUUGACCCAGAUCAGACAAAUCUAUCACACAGAGCUGGAGAAAUAUGAACAGGCGUGUAACGAAUUCACCACACACGUGAUGAACCUUCUCCGAGAACAGAGUCGGACACGUCCCAUUUCUCCCAAGGAGAUCGAAAGGAUGGUGGGCAUCAUCCAUCGAAAAUUCAGCUCCAUCCAGAUGCAGCUCAAACAAAGCACUUGUGAAGCAGUAAUGAUUCUGAGAUCAAGGUUCCUUGACGCCAGACGGAAAAGGCGGAACUUCAGUAAACAAGCCACAGAAAUCUUGAACGAGUAUUUUUACUCCCACCUCAGUAAUCCCUACCCCAGUGAAGAAGCCAAAGAGGAGCUGGCAAAGAAAUGCAGCAUCACAGUAUCACAGGUAUCCAACUGGUUUGGCAAUAAGAGAAUCAGGUACAAGAAGAAUAUUGGGAAGUUUCAGGAAGAAGCCAAUCUUUAUGCUGCAAAAACAGCUGUGACUGCAGCACACGCCGUGGCAGCAGCUGUCCAGAAUAACCAGACAAACUCCCCCACCACACCAAACUCUGGUUCUUCUGGUUCUUUUAACCUCCCAAAUUCUGGGGACAUGUUCAUGAACAUGCAGAGUCUGAAUGGGGAUUCUUACCAGGGGUCCCAAGUCGGAGCCAAUGUGCAAUCACAGGUGGAUACCCUGCGUCAUGUUAUCAAUCAGACGGGAGGAUACAGUGAUGCCUUGGGAGGAGGUUCACUGUACAGUCCACAUAAUUUAAAUGCUAAUGGAGGCUGGCAGGACGCAACUACUCCAUCUUCUGUGACUUCCCCUACAGAAGGGCCGGGAAGUGUGCACUCUGAUACCUCUAACUAAUCUCCUAGCAACACUUUUUCCCUGAGCUGAGAUGCCUUGAUUAGCGCAUUCAGAGUAACAGGAGAAAAAGAAAGGAAUUUUUUUUGUAGCCAACCACCUACAGCUUUACUGUAAAACCUUGUCUUAUUAGAAAAUUGGUAAAUCUGUUUUUUAAAGGUAUCAUAAUCAUUUGUAUUUAUACUUAAAACACACAAUGUUGAAAAGCACUUUAUCCAAUUAGGCCAAGAUUUAGCAUUGUUUAUAGCCCUGUAACUAUUUUAUCAUAAUUUAUUAUCAGCUGUUUUAACAAUGAUGGUCUAACACUUGCCAAUUACUUGGCCUUAAGGGUAAAAGUACAGUAUAUGCUUAACCUCAAUAGCAAGAGCUGACACAAAGAAACACCCCCACCUAAAUUUAACUUCUUGCAUAUUUCCAUGGAAAGCCUAAAUGAAUUACAAACUUUGAUUGUGUUUAAUCUUUUCAUAUCUCUUAUAGAGUUGGAAUAAAAAGAGCUGUUCAGUUAUUUCAGUUAA